AACCUUACAGCCAGUCACGGCCAGCAGGGAGCUCACUUCUUUCAGCUUUUCUGAGGUUGCAAAGUCCACUGACACCAUGUCUGACACAGAGGAAGUUGAUCAGGUCGAGGCCGUAGAAGAGGAGGUAGUAGAAGUAGAGGUGGCCCCUGAGGCGGCCCAUGAGCCAGAGGCAGAGGCAGAGGCAGAGGCAGAACCAGAACCAGAACCAGAGCCAGAGCCAGAACCAGAACCAGUGGUAGAGCCAGAGCCUGAGCCAGAACCUGAGCCUGAGGCUGAGCCUGAGCCUGAGCCUGAGGCUGAAGGGCCGACCAGAAGAGAGGAGGAAAGAAAGAAAACUGAGAGAGAGAAGAAGAAGAAGAUCCUGGCCUCCAGACGCAAGCAGCUGAACAUCGACCAUCUGAACGAAGACAAGCUGAAAGAUAAGAUCAACGAGCUGUACGAAUGGAUGUGUACGCUGGAGUCUGAGAAAUUCGACCACAUGGAGAGACUGAAGAGGCAGAAGUACGAGGUUACAACCCUGCGUAAGAGAGUGGAGGAGCUCAGUAAAUUCAGCAAGAAGGGAGCCGCCGCCCGCCGCAGAAAGUAGACUGGCUCUCCGCUCCGCUGCUCAGACACCAAACUGCAACCGCCUCGGACGCAC